UCUCUCUCUCUCUCUCUCUGCGCGUCUCUCUGUUUUUUGUGAAUGACGCGUUUCAAUGGUGGCUUCCUCUUUGUAUUUAUCCAAUCUGGCUUCUAAAUUUCCAAUCCCAAUACAGUGUCACUCUCAAACACAACCCAUGUUCUCUUUGUGCGCGUUCAUCUUCUUCUUCACCUUCUCUCUCUUCAUCUGCUCCUUCUCUGUUUUCAAAAUUCUGAGAAAAACAGAGCAAAAGCAACAGACCCAGAACGACCUUUUUGAACUCAAGCGUUCAUUGUCUGAAACUCUGGGCAAAACCCAUCUAACCCAUGAAAAUGACCCGACCCAUAUCGCCAAUCCACCCCACAAGCUCCUCGUUGAGAUCUUACCAUCUGAUUCUCCAAAAUGGGCGAGCUUGUUUGUGAACAGAGAAGGUGGUGACCCGGAUGACGCCAGGUCGGGUCUGGACGUUGAGAAACUCGGGUCGGGCGGGGAUCAAAGAGUGAAGAAGAAGAAGAGGAGAGCCAAGAAGAAGAGUUCAUCGCAUUUGGAAGAAGAAGAAGAAGAUAAUUGUUUUCAUAUGCGUGAUAAGGAAAAUUCCGGUCCGGGUUUGGGUUCUCGGGUCCAUGAGGAAUUGGUAUGUUUUUACCCGUUUACAUCAUCGAGUAGUGCCACACAGAGGAAGAUCAAGCAACAAUACGAUGAGCUUAUGGAGUGCCAUGAGUCCAAGAAAUUGACACUUGCUCAGGUUGGACAAUUUGCUAAUUGCUUGGUGGCGGCUAGAAAUGAGUUACAGCACAAGGCUGAUGUCAUUCAACGUAAAUUCACAAUAACAAAGGCUCUACUAUUCAAGGCAGACAGAUCUUCUUUUGACCGCCUUCGUCAACAGAUAUGCAAGCUAGAGUUAGAACAGAAGAGACUGGAAGAGGAUGCGUCUGUCUACAAUUGGCUUCAACAACAGCUUAAGCUUUCACCAGCAUACAAGAAGAUGCUUGAAAUUAGUGCCUGCAUGGAGUUGAAGGCCAAAUCCAGGGAACAAGUGGAGAGCACAGAUGAGAAAUAUAGUGAAAUAUCAUUUGAAGAGUUACUAGCACAAGAAAAGAAGGACUCAUUCUGGCAGAAGAAUAGGAAAUCAAGAUCAUGCUCGAGCUGAUGACCGCGACGUCUUGCUGAUUGUCAUAUUUUUCGCUUCAGCAAUGCUCUGUGCCGCUGUACCAGAGAGCACCUUCAACUUCCCUGUGGUUUUUUGGGUUAGGCUUGACUGUAUGGCGAUACAUAUAAUAUGUUGAUAUCAGAGUCGUGGGCUUUUCUUUGGUAGGACAGUCAUGGAUUUGAGCUAACUUGAAUGUGUAUAAUAGGAACUUGACAGAGUUACAUUUCUAAGCUCAUGGGCUUGCCAGAAUUUUGCCCGCUAGUUUUCUCUUAACUUAUUAAGAAGGAUAUAUUGUAACUUCGUACAAAUGUGUGGCAAAAUUUUAUACAUACGAUUCAAGUUGUCUUUUCGGU